CCGGCCCAGCCCGCGGGCCCGGCCCGCAGCCCGGCCCGGCAGCGCCCGAGGGCAGCCCGGCACCCGCAGGAUUGGAAGCUUGCGAAGGAAUUCACACUGGAUGAAAACCAUUUCCUGAAGCUGGGUCUAUUCCAGGAACUGUAACCCAAAUGUUUCUCUGUCCGUGGAGGAGAUUUCACGUUUGAAGUAACUUCUACUGAAGCGAUUCCGUGAUGAUCCGGGCGGGAUGUGGAGCAGUAACCGGUGCUUUCCUGCCCCCAGCCAGUCGUGUCCCAUCACCAUGUUCUGGAAGUUUGAUCUGAACACAACGUCACACGUGGACAAGCUGCUGGACAAGGAGGAUGUGACCCUGGAGGAGCUGAUGGACGAGGAUGACGUCCUGCAGGAAUGCAAGGCCCAGAACCGGCGGCUGCUGGACUUCCUGUGCCAGCAGCAGUGCAUGGAGCAGCUGGUCACCCUCAUCACCCACGAGCCCCCCGUGGACAUGGACGAGAAGGUCCGAUUCAAGUACCCCAACACGGCCUGCGAGCUGCUGACCUCGGACGUGCCGCAGAUCAACGACAAACUGGGCGGGGACGAGACCCUGCUCAACAUCCUCUACAACUUCCUGGACCACGAGCCCCCCCUGAACCCCCUGCUCGCCAGCUUCUUCAGCAAGACCAUCGGGAACCUCAUUGCACGGAAAACAGAACAGGUGAUCUCGUUUUUGAGGAAAAAGGACAAGUUCCUGAGCCUGGUGCUAAAGCACAUCGACACCUCAGCCAUGAUGGACCUGCUGCUGCGCCUCAUCAGCUGCGUGGAGCCCGCGGCGCUGCGCCAGGACGUGCUCAACUGGCUGAAUGAAGCCAGGAUUAUCCAGAGACUCGUGGAGCUGAUCCAUUCGAGCCAGGACGAGGAUAGGCAAUCCAACGCUUCCCAGACCCUGUGUGACAUCAUCAGGCUGAGCAGAGACCAGAGCGCUCAGCUCCAGGAUGUCCCGGAGCCAGACCCACUUCUCACAGCACUGGAAUCGCAGGAGUGCGUGGAGCAGCUCCUCAGGAACAUGUUCGACGGGGAGCAGACCGAGAGCUGCAUCGUGAACGGAACCCAGGUGCUCCUGACGCUGCUGGAAACGCGGCGCUCCGGAGUGGAAGGCCUGAUGGACUCGUACACUCAGGGAUUCGAGAGGUCUUACACUGUCAACAGCAGCAUCUUACACGGCAUCGAGCCCCGGCUCAAGGACUUCCACCAGCUGCUGCUGUGCCCGCCCAAGAAACCGGCGAUCCUGACCACGCUGGGGGUGCUGGAGGAGCCGCUGGGGAACGCGCGGCUGCACGGCUCGCGGCUGAUCGCGGCGCUGCUGCACACCAACACUCCCAGCAUCAACCAGGAGCUCUGCCGGCUCAGCACCAUGGACUUGUUACUUGACUUAUUUUUUAAAUACACGUGGAAUAACUUUUUGCAUUUCCAAGUGGAGCUGUCCAUAGCAGCCAUCCUGUCCCACUCCAUGCACGAGGGGAAGCCCAGCCCGGGGGAGCUGGGCAGCAAAGAGGAGGCUCCGAGCGGGAGCGCGGCCCCGGAGAGCGCGGAGCCCGCGGAGCCUGCGGCCGGAGCCACCGAGAACAUCAUGGUCACCCACCUGUUCCAGAAGUGCUGCCUGGUGCAGAGGAUAUUGGAUGCCUGGGAAGCCAAUGACAAAAUCCAGGCAGAGGGCGGCAGGAGGAGAGGGAACAUGGGGCACCUGACCCGCAUCGCCAACGCCGUGGUGCACAACAUGGAGAAGGGGCCCAUGCAGGCCCAGAUCAGUGACUUCAUCAAAGAGCUGCCCGAGGACUGCAGGGGCAGGUGGGAGAGUUUCGUGGAGGAGACGCUGACGGAGACGAACCGGAGGAACACGGUGGAUUUGGUGAGCACCCACCACCUGCACUCCUCCAGCGAGGAUGAGGACAUUGAAAGUGCUUUUCCCAACGAACUCACUCUGCAACAGGCCUUCUCCGAGUACCAGAUCCAGCAGAUGACGGCCAACUUCGUGGAUCAGUUCGGCUUCAACGACGAGGAGUUUGCAGACCAGGAUGACAACAUCAACGCUCCCUUCGACCGCAUCGCCGAGAUCAACUUCAACAUCGACGCCGACGACGACAGCCCCAACGCCUCCCUGUUCGAGGCCUGCUGCAACGAGCGCAUCCAGCAGUUCGACGACAACGAGGAGGAGGAGGAUAUCUGGGAGGAGAAGGAGAUCUCCUACGCAACCCAGGUCAAGUCCAGGACACGGUUUGGAGCAUCGCAGACGUCGGAGAGCUCCAAGAGUGACCUGGAGAACGGGGACCACGACGGCAGCGUGGACUCAGAGGAGGAGGAGGAGCAGCAGCCACCCCCCCCCUCACCAAACAAGGGCAGCACCGCGGAGCAGAAGGACUCGGAGUCCUCCCAAGGGGCCGGCUGGACGGCCGUGUUCGAGCCCGUGAGCCCCACGCCGCCCGUGGCCAUGGAUGUGGGAUCCAGCGUGUGGGACUCGGCCGCCCCGCAGAGCAGCGCCCCGGAGGAGAAGGGCUGGGCCAAGUUCACGGACUUCCAGCCUUUCUGCUGCUCCGAGUCCGGCCCUCGCUGCAGCUCCCCCAUGGACACCGAGAGCGGCGGCACCGACAGGACCCCGGCGCAGGGCCAGGACAAGAGCUCCAGCGCUGCCUCUCCCUGUGUGUGGAACGCGUGUGGGACACGGAAGGCGCCGCUGGUGGACUCGGACAGCAGCUCCUCAGACAGCUCCGAGAGCGACGAUGACGACGACUGCAAGGCCAAGGCUGGCACGGAAUCCACGGGCACGGCCACGCCACAGGAGGCCGGGAAGGACAGGGCAGCUCCCACCAGCGGCUCCGACGGAACGGCCGUGGAGACGCUUCCCGUGGCCGAAUCCGGGACGUCCAGUGCCCCCCAAGCCCGGAACAGCGCGGCCACGCACACGGAUGGACACCAGAGAGUGGCCACUGCUGUCACAACUGCCACAGAAACAGCCACGAGAGACAGGAAUGACGAGGCCUUGCCCUGCGCCGAAGCCACGUUGAACGGCCCCGCUUGAUGCCACCGCUGCCGCCCCGGGACGUGUGUGAGCCAGGCCAGGCUGCUCCCUGGUGAUGCAAUUUGUCAAUUCUUUUUUUUUUUUUUUUUUCAUUUUAAUUUUAUUUUUUAAUAAAUGCUGCAUUGAUGAGAGCGAGCUGGCGUUCAGGACCAGACACGCAGAUCCAACACCACCGAUCCGUUCGGAAAGACACUCGGCAUUGUCGAAAUGUAGCAUUGAGUUCAGUCCUCACGGGAAUGACGGGCUCUUCCCAAGCCUUCUGCCUGAUUUGAGUUGUCCCCUUCCCCGUCCCCCUGGUUUUUGUUUCGGAUUUGGGGUUCAGUCCUGUUUUCCCAGUGUUAUUGCACACAGUAUUCAGCUUCUCUUGGGAAGGUAGCAGGUCCAGCGGCGGGCCGGGGCCGUGCACAAAUCCCGCAGCCGUGUGACCAAAGUUCCUGAUGGAGCUGUCCUCGGGCAGCCUUUGCACCGCUUUGUAGAGCAAUAAAGCCUUACCAGAAACAUUUCA